AUGGACGUGAUUAGCCGCCAACUUCAGAGAUUUGAGUCUCUCUCGGUCUCCGAUUUACACCACAUCAAGAACACAGCCAUCGAUGACUUCCAAAACUUGAGAUUCACCCCGCUCACCGUUACCAUCUCCCUUACGGUCAUCUCCACCAUUCUCUUUUUUGCCUCUGGCAAUCUCGGGUCGUCCAGCUCUGCCGGUGGAAAGAAGUCCAAGAAGAAGAAGAAGAAGAAGGUUACCCCAACAGAAAAAUCCAACAGAGAAAUUGCCGCUGUUUUGGCUCAUUUUGAGGAAUCUUUGAUGCCAGAUGUAGAGGAUUAUUUGGAGAACCACAUGCAAUUGAAGGACGAGGAUAUGCAGUACAAGUACAACUACUACGAGGAAAUGAUGCUAAAGGAAUUGAUGAAAUUAGACGGCAUCAACGUGUUGAACAAUGACAUCUUAAGAGACAAUAGAAAGAAGGUCAUCAGGCACAUUCAGAGCUUCCAAAAGAGACUUGAUGCUGUAAAGAAGGAGCAACAGUUUUAG